AUGUGGGACCCCCACACUUGGGACAUGGAACUCCCAGAUUCUGGGAGCUGGGAGCCCCGGAGCCGUGGAGACAUGGGGCUCCUGGACCCGGUGAUGUGGGACCCCCAGAGCCCCCACCCCUGGACCCUGGCCUGCCAGUGGGCCCCAGCUGCUGCUCCCCACGGACACUGCCCCCCAGUGCCGGCAGGGGGGCUCAGGACCCUGGGGACCCCCUGCUAUCCGACCUCCCCCGGGUCCCCCUGCCUCGGACUGUCGGAUUCUGCUGCUCUUCCUCCUCCUCCUUCCAGAGCCCCGAGCGCCCCGGGACCCCCCGCGGUCCUUGGGCUGGCGGGGGUGGGGGUGCACACAGGUGUGUGUGUGCGCAGGGCUGUGCACAGGUGUGUGUGUGCACAGGUUUGUGUGUGCACAGGGGUGUGCACAGGCGUGUGUGCACAUGUGUGUGUGUGCACAGGUGUGUGUGUGCACAGGAGUGUGCACAUGUGUGUGUGCACAGGUGUGUGUGCACAGGGGUGUGUGUGCACAGGAGUGUGCACAGGUGUGUGUGCACAGGUGUGUGUGCACAGGUGUGUGUGUGCACAGGUGUGUGUGCACAGGAGUGUGCACAUGUGUGUGUGCACAGGUGUGUGUGCACAGGGCUGUGCACAGUUUUGUGUGUGCACAGGUGUGUACACAGGUGUGUGUGUGCACAGGGCUGUGCACAGGAGUGUGCACAUGUGUGUGUACACAGGUGUGUGUGUGCACAGGUGUGUGCACAGGUGUGUGUGUGCACAGGUGUGUGUGUGCACAGGUGUGUGCACAGGAGUGUGCACAGGUGUGUGCACAGGUGUGUCCCCGUGUCCUGUCCCCAGGACGUCACGCGUGUGUCGGGGGGUCCCGCUGUGCCGGGACACGUGUGCUGCCCCCCCAUCCGUGUGUGUGUCCCUGCCGUGUCCCCCCACCGGGACAGCCCUGCCGGGCUCCCCCGCACACGUGUGUGAGCACCGGUGGUCUCUGGUGGGGCCGUGUGUUUCCCCCUGCGUGUCCCUGUCCGUGUCCCAGCUGGGGGGGUGGGGACACGUGUGUGCCCUCCCUGCCUGGCUGCGUGUCCCCUUGGAGCCCCCAGAACCCCCAGAGCCCCCCGGGCGCUCCCCCCGCACAGCCGGGUGUCACAUCGCGGUGUCACCCCACGCACAGGGAGGGGGACACGGGGCGGGAGGGGGCUGCCACCCCCAUAGCGUGUGCCGUGUUUGUCCUGUGUCACCCCUGCAUGUCACCCCUGCCGUAGGUGUCCCCAAUAAACCGUACGGAGACCCCCCGGGCUCUGUGUGUCACCGGGGGAGGGGACAGAACCACGGGGAGGAGGGGGGGACACAAUGACCUGGAAUGUCACUG